CCCCGACCAUUUUGAGACAUCAUUGUCCUAUCCUUCUUUAAAUGGUCGUAGGCCAGCCCCCUUCUUACUGUGUUUGCAGACUGAUUUCAGAACUCGGUUCUGACUUCCUGACAUUAAGUUUAGUUUCUCUCUCUCCCUGACAAUCAGCAGCGAUGGCGACAGCGGCGACUCCAGAGGAGAUGAAGUUCUCCUGCUCCGUGUGUCUGGACCUCUUCACCGAACCCGCAACCAUUCCGUGCGGACACAGCUUCUGUCUGGACUGUAUUGGGAGCUACUGGGACCAGAGUGACCAAACCGGCCUGUACAGCUGCCCCCAGUGCCGGGAGACCUUUAAUCCCAGACCUGUUCUGCGCAAAAGCAACGUCAUUAACGAAUUUGUGGAAGAACUGAAGAAAACGAGAACACACGACUCGAAAAGGGGUUCCCCAGCUCCCGCUCCUGUCUCUGCUGAGUCCGGAGGCGUGCCUUGUGAUUUCUGCACCGGGGAGAUAAAGCGCGGAGCGGUCAGGUCGUGUUUGACGUGCCUCGGCUCGUACUGCGAAGCGCACCUGCAGCCACACUACGAGAACGCGGUGCUGAAGAGACACGAGCUGGUCCAGCCUCUGAGAGACUUCGAGCAGAAGCUUUGCAAACUGCACCAGAGAUUGCUGGAGCUUUACUGCAGAACCGAUCGGAGCUGUAUCUGCGCGCUGUGCACUGGCACUGAUCAUUUGGACCAUUCCGUUGUCUCCAGUAAACGUGGGAGGGAGGAGAAACAGAAGGAGCUGGGGGAGAGACAGGUGGAAAUAGAAAAGCUAAUUGAGGAGAGACUGCACAAGCUGGAGAGACUGAAUCAGGCUCUGGAGUCGCUCAAGCUCUCAGCACAGAAGGAAAGGGCUGAAAGCGAGCAGGUCCUGUCUGAGCUGAUCCGCACCGUUGAGAGAAUCAGGACAGAGGUCGGAGAGCUGAUUGGAGCUAAAGAGAAGGCUGCAGUGAGUCAGGCCGACGAGCAAAGAGAACAACUGGAGCAGGAGAUCCAGGAGCUGAGAAAGAGGAAGGCUGAGAUGGAGCAGCUUUCUGAGACGGAGGAUCACAUCUACUUUCUGCAGAGUUUCCAGUCUGUCUGCACCCCUCCUGCUGCUCAGCAGCUCUUUGAUAACAUAGACGACUCUUUCUGGACUCUGAGGAAAGCUGCGACUCGACUCAAAGACCACCUCGAGGGAUUCUGGAAGAUCGAGUUCAUGAAAGCAACUGUGGCAGUUGAUGUGACUCUGGACCCUGAUACAAUACACCCUAUACUAAUCCUAACUGAGGAUGGGAAGCAAGUCAGACCUGGAGAUAAGCAACAGCCUCUCCCUGACAAUUCAAAAAGAUUUGAUCAUUAUGUCUAUGCCCUGGGCAAGGAGGGCUUCACCUCAGGGAGACACUACUGGGAGGUCGAAGUGGGAGAGAAGAUAAGCUGGAGACUCGGAGUCACCAGAGAGUCGUCUCAGAGGAAGGGGUAUUUCAGUGUGAACCCCCAGCAGGGUUUCUGGACUGUGCUACGGGAUGAUGGAAGAAAUCUGUUCAGUGCUUCCACUGGUACGGAGACCCCCCUCCUGAUCCCCAAACCCCAGAAGCUGGGGGUGUAUCUGGAUUAUGAGGGAGGGCAGCUCUCCUUUUACAAUGUGGAGACCAGAUCUCUCAUCUACACUUUCACUGACACCUUCACUGAGAAACUCUAUCCGUUGAUUUCUCCUGGUUACUCUGAUGGUAAAAAUGCAGCUUCACUGAUCAUCUGCUCACAUACAUACACAGAUUAAAUUCACAAAUCCUUUUACUUUAAAUUAUCGUCUCCAUUUUAUGUGAAAGGAAAAAAAUAACACAGUCACAAAAAGAUAAAUAAAUAACUGAAGGAUUCAAUUCUAGUGGUUUGAAUGUGUUGUUUUCUAUAGAACGCAUAAGUAAUAUUGUGCUGGUAAAACCCUUUCUGUCAUCUUAGAGUUACUUGAUUCAAAUGAUGUAUUUGUUUCUCACUGUACCCUUACCUUUGUCUGAUGUUUGAAAUACUUUUGAAUAGUUCUUAUUUUAAUUACACACACACACACACACACACACACACACACACA